AACUGCAAGAAAUUUAACUGUCGUUGCGAAGAGGAUGGCGGAGGUGAUUUGGCGCCCCGUGAGCGUGGACGUGGGCUGGGGGAUGCUGCGAGGCAAGAUCUGCACGGUGGGCGGGGGAGACACGCCCACGCUGAGGGUGGUGGGCGUCCACGGGUGGCUGGAUAAUGCCAACUCGUUCGACACGCUGGUGCCGCUUCUGCCGGCGGGCGUGGAGGUGCUGGCCCUCGACCUCCCCGGGCACGGCCUGUCGGACCACCUGCCUCUCGGGGCUCAUUACAACCUCCUCGUCCAAGCCUUCAACCUCCGCACCGCCUUGCAGAAGCUGGGCUGGACCAAAGCCGUGCUGGUGGGCCACAGCAUGGGCGCGGCGGUGGCCGUUCUGCUGACCGCGCUCUUCCCCGAGCACGUGCUGGCCUUGGUGCAGCUCGACUUCAUCCAGAGGAACCGCGAGGCCAGCAGAGUGACCUUAUGGCGCAGCGACGCCGCCACACUGCGCAGGAGCGAGAAGCCCAAGGACCCCCCUCAGGCGCUCACGGAACGAGAGGCCCUGGACCGCCUGGUCGCCGCGCGCAGGAACCAGAACCGGGAUCACGACAACAUAGACACAGCCGACGCGAAGGUGCUCCUGCCUCGGGCCGCCGCGCGCCACGGGGACGGGUACCUGUGGCGGCACGACCCUCGGGUUCGUGCGACCUUCAACAGCCUGUUCGGCGGCCGAGCCUGGCUGGAGGUCGCGUCGGCCGUCCGGUGCCCGCUGCUCGUGGUGGUCGCUACGAAGGGUAUGUGCGCGCUGCCCAAGUCUGAGUACAAGGCCGUGCUCGACGCCUACCGCAAGAACACCACCCGCUUUGACUACCGGGUGGUGGAGGGCGACCACCACGUCCACCUGUCGCACCCCGAGCGCGUCGGCCCCGAAGUCAACACGUUCCUCCGCGCUGUGGCCAGGGAGGGACACCAGCAGCCGAGUGCCAGGCUGUGAUACUGGAUUAAAAAACAAAUCUGUAAAGACACGCAAAGACCAAUGAACUCCAAAAUUCACACGGACAUAUUCUCAAAGAAUGAAAUUUAAAACGAAGAACUUCAAAAUUCCCGAACAAAACUAACCAUAUUUAUAAUAUAUAUCGUUCUCUUGAGGAUCAUCGGAAACGAGAGAUAAUGCAUGCUGGCAAAAUGUCUGUAUUAAUAAAUCUUAAAAAUG